UGUGACCAGAUGGAUUCACGAUGAGCGUUAUCUUACUUUAUCCACCCGUUUCAAGCCUAGUGCUGGUGAUGGGAGUCUGUCGCUGAGUGCGGCUUUGGGUGAUUCGCAAAGCUUGACGGAUCGUGUUCUUUCCUACUACUGCAAUGAGGAUCUUCGCAAGAAUUAUAGGGAAGCAGAGGAUCGGCUUAUCCUAGAGCUCUCCUACCGCAACGUGAGCGACCCUUCUGUUUUGGGCCCCAUUUCUCCGGACCACUACCUGAAAUUCAUCAACCCGCCGAAAGUCCAAGAAUCGGAGUAUGCAUGUGCGAAAGCAGCAGAAUCGAGGAUCUUCGCAAGGAUUAUCAGGGACGUUCACCGACGCCACCGAGAAAGUAGGGCAAAAUGGUACGAAAGACAAGACUUCCUGUCUCCUGGCAAAAACCUUUUUUUCUAUGACGUUCGAGCUUUGGAGCGCGUGGCAGCGGAUAGAAAAGCAGAGGAGCAGCAACAAUUGAUGAUGAAUGGAGAAACACUAACACGGAAGAAAUCGACGACCAGAAGAAGAGAAGUUGUACUAGAUGAAGAGCAGGAAAAGGAAAUUUAAGGCUUGGGAGUUGACCUAUCAUCUAAGGGCGUCUCUAUGUCUUCUUCAAGUAGGAAAGCCACAGAUAUGCGACCUACUAGAGGGGGGCCAACUUUCAACCCCUAAGAAAUGGAAAGUGCCAGCUCGUCAACGUUGUCCUCUCCUUCACUCUCCUCAUCCUCGUCAACAAGUCCUUCCUCCUCCAAAAAAGAGCAUCAGAUGAGAGUGUGGGUGCACAAUCUCCAUACUGUCAGAGACGGGUUUCUCGAAAACGAUGAGGACUUGCUAAAUGCCUACGAUGAGCUCGAGGACCAAAGACUAGCCUUAGUUGCGCAAGCUUGCGAGACUUCUUUGAUAGUGGGAGAUGCUAGGAUUUCCGAUUAUAGUACGGAC